GUGCAUUCAGAGCAAGUUUCGACUGCGAACAACGCCGCUUACUGCUCUAAGCCUUUUCACCUCUUUUGGGGAAAAUAUUCUAUGUGAGAAUGCUGCGAUAUUUACCGAUCUUCGCAGUCUUUAUGUUUGGUCUUGUGGGAGCCGGCGAUCUACCUUUUGCCUGCACGUCUAAAGGUCUCUGGUCUACGGAGAGCGCGGAUCUAUCCUCGUCAUCUCUGGCUAUCAGCUCCAGGUUGCCCGAUAUACCAGGGUACCUUUACACAUGUCUAGUAACCGCGGGUUCUGCGGAUACGUUGCUCCGUGUGAGGGUAAAGAAGCGAGCAUUGUUACCAGGCUCAUUACAUGUGAAUAUCUACGCUCCUCCCCACUGGGAAAAUACCGGUCACCUCACUACACCCCACACGGGAUUCCUUUACCCCAGCCAAAAGUACAUCUGUCUCCCAACACCUCCCUCCCUUGGGACACAUACUCAGCGCUACGUAACUUUCUCUGGAACCCCUGGACUGGAAUUCACCGCUGACAUAGAUACCGCGAAGAACACCUUACAGCUUGGCAAAACAGUGAACUUUACCAUAAGCCGUUAUAGUGAGGUCAUCUUUCAAUAUACGCCCGACUUUGACGAUCACCAGCUCGCAAUUACGACGUACUCCGAGGACGAGCCGAGUGCUUCCGAGGAUGCUUUCCUGGCGGUAUCAAGCUUUUGUCAUCGGGUGACCCGAGAGGAACAUAACGUGAUAAGUAAAACCGAACCUUUGAUGUUCCUUACCUUUCAAAAACAAGGGCGAAUAGUCCUGUCUAAAGUCUCAAGGCCUAGGGUACAACAGAAUAACACUAUUUAUAUCGGAGUGUACAUGACUACUAAAAACAACGAGACGAAAUCAGUGAAAAUUGUUCUGCACAAAACGUUCAGUUACGACUACACGACCCCGAUGUGCUCUCUGUUCUUCGUGUCCCUCUUCGGGGGAAUUUUCGUAGCCGUCUGGGCGCUGUUGUGCUUCAGAGAGCCUCUUACUCUAAUCGACGACGCUGCGAUGCUAAGCACGAGUACACUUGAAAUCUCCAGCAGGGCGCGGUGGAAGGGGGCCUUGUGUGGUAAUACUGAGAACUCAGGCGAGCUGGAACCAUUGAUCCGGACCCCUCGUUCUACUGGUCACGGGGUUUUGUCUGCCAUGCUAAAGGUUCUCAAAUACCAUUGGCUUGGAUUCGGACCCAAGACAUUCUCCUACAUCACCUGCAUUGUCGGGAGUGUUUUGCUCAUCGGUGCUUUCCAGUUUGUCUACGAGAACUGGUUUCUAAUGUCGGUUGAAGGCAACCGAGACAAGUGCUUCUAUAAUGAGUUCUGCUACCGCGUCAGCACUCUUACUAACAUCCCUUUUAACUUGAUGAUCAGUAAUCUGGCCUACAUGAUCCACGGGUUGAUUCUUGCGCUCUCAGUCUUGGUGAUGGAGGCAGAGCUUUACGUCCAAGCAGAGAAAACAGCGGAGGUAGAAACUGCAGGGGGUGCUUCUCGUGAGGCUCCCCCGGGAAGGGAAGCACUACCUCACCACACACUUGUCUGCCCGUGCCCCGAGGCCCAUCUUCCCCAGCUAACAGUACCCCGUUAUGAGCUCAGUAGCCGUCAGCUUGCUUCGCGACUCUACGCACGAGCCUAUAAGAGAAAGUAUUGCUUUACCAUAGGGUACGCCUUCGCUUGGGCGCUCCUAUUCGAAGGGUUCUUUUCUCUAACGUAUCACUUGUGUCCUACGAAGGUUACAUUUCAGUUCGACAGUGCCUUUAUGCUUGUUAUCGCAGGGCUCAUUAUGCUGUCGCUGUACAAUGGAUUCUUCGCGAAGCGUUGUCCCGUGGAGGAAGGCAUAUCCAAUCCGAUAGAAGCCACGGUGUUCUUUCUCGUAGCCAUUGUCCCGCUCUUCGCGCUCAAUUACUUGGGAUCCGUCUACAAACAGGACAGGCAAACUGGCACCACACCCGAAGAUCGGAGGCUUCCGGACUGGGUCAAAGUCUUGUUCAUCCUUGUUCUGAUCACGUGGUGCAUAUUUAUGUUUAUAUGGGCGUUGCUCAAACUGUUCUACACCUCAUUCCGAAACGGGACAAUCUUCGCCACAAACGAAAAUAUUGUUAAAGUGGUUAUAUUCUGCCUCGCCGUCAUCGUUUCCUGCGUCCUUUGUCCUAUUCUGUUCCUACCUGAUAUUUCCAAUAUGUUCUUGUUUGGCGCUAUCGCGGCGUCCAUGUUUAGCGUUGUGGGAAAGAUCAUCAUAAAGUUCGGCUAUAGCUAUAUCCACUUCAUGACGUCACCAAGGCGAGUACUGCGCGUUUUCCAAGCGCUGUAUAUUGUGGUGUUCCUUGCUACCAUGGCAACCGCACUAUAUAUGUUCCUUGGGGUUCCGACCUCGGAUAAGACUCUGAGCCCUGCAAAAUCUCGGAAUCUGAAUAAGGAAUGUACUCUGUUUGGAUUUUUCGGAGCACAUGAUAUCUGGCACAUCUUGUCUUCGUUUGCGCUUCUAAUGGGGGCGUUUUUGGUCAUCUUUAUAAGCGAGUAGCAAAGCUACGGGGUCUUCCAUUGGCCAAGGCUUAUUCAACAACACAAGACGGGGGGCGCACGAAACAUUCAACAAGAAAAGAAACGAGUUCUUUUUCAUCCACUUAAAAUGUUUUAGCUGUCAGCUAUUAGUGUGACACAUUGAAAACAAGACUCCGCGCAUCUGGUAAUAGCCCCUAACGUUCUUAUCACAAUGGAGCAUCAUAUCAUGGAAUCAUAUCAUAUCAACAUAUCAUGCGCAUUUAGUUUACGUACGGAUUUUUAUAUUUCUCACAUAACUGUCAGAGCUGUAGCAGACCUCAAAAUAUUGGGGGGACACGAUACAAAUCAUCAAAAAAGUAUUGGGGGCACAGCCACGCCCAUACUGGUCAUGUCCUUGUAAUUUUUGAAAAUGUGCUCCCAUUCUACGGCCCAGGCCCCACAAUGCAAGGGGGGGUGGGGUGGGGGAGCUUCUGAUAGGUGAAUGGAUAGAGGAGAAUGCAAA